UAGUAUGUUUUAGAUUGAUUUUCGUAGCAAAUUGUUUAUUUGCUUCCGACAUGAUAUGUGUUAAACGCACUAUUUGCCCGCACCCUAUCGCACAAAGUGAACUUUAUCGUUGUAGUUUGUAUCCAUGCGCUGAACUCAGAAAGCAUUUCGAGGGCAGGGAAACGAGACAGAAUGGUGGGAACGUAUAUUAAUUUUCCUUGAGCGUGUACACCGGGUUAUUAGUUUUAAGAGGCAUGGAUCUGGCACAACCGAGGACACUGAAGCUAUUUGUUUCUUCAAUAGUGGAAAAUAAGGAUGAAAUAGAAGAGAAAUAUGAACGAAGUUACAAUGUUCUACAGACUCUCAUUGCAGGGUUAUCUGAGAAGGAAGCUCAAAAUGCUUUGAAUAUAGCAGUCUGCAAGGAAAAAACACAUGAAGAUCUCUCAUUAGGAUUAUUAUUCAGUAUAUUGACUGAACCAGAAAAUGCUACCAGGAGCUACCGUGACUUGAUGCUCAUCACUCGUGAUGGAUUAGCUAUUGUGUUAUCUCACCUUUCUCAAUUAUUAAUGGAUCGUUAUGUGAGGUUAAAAGAUGUAGUGCGCUCACAAGUUUUGUGGUUAGUACGGGAAAUGAUUCGUAAUGCUGUGGCAAAUGUGGAUAAUUUGUGUUGGAUUCUUAUGCGUCAUGCUGUCGGAGGUGAUGUGUCAUCCAAAAACAUUAACCUUAUUGAAGCUUUGCUGGAUAUCUACCAAGAUAACAGGACGUGGUUGGAUAAGUUUCCAGUGUUAAUAGCAUCUGUUGUGUACACAUUUCUACGUCUCAUUGAGGAUCAUAGUUCUCCUGCUUUGAAUGCCCUGCGCCAAAAGGAAGUGACAUUUGUAGUCACACUGUUGCGUGAACGUUUUGCCGACUGCCUUGUUAUAGGACGGGAUCUUGUUCGUCUUCUUCAAAAUGUUGCCCGCAUCCCUGAGAUUGAGCUUUUAUGGAAGGACAUUUUGUCAAACCCCAAAGGGCUGUGCUCAACCUUUACAGGUAUCUUGCAGUUAAUGCAGACUCGCACAUCUCGACGUUUUCUACAAUCUCGCCUCACCCCAGAUAUGGAGCGCAAACUUGUAUUUCUUACAUCUCAAGUUCGGUUUGGAUAUCACAAGCGUUACCAAGAGUGGUUUCAACGGCAGUAUCUGGCAACACCUGAGUCACAAACAUUACGUUGUGACCUUAUUCGCUUCAUUGUAGGUGUAAUCCAUCCUACCAAUGAACUUUUGUGUUCCGAUAUCAUUCCUCGUUGGGCAGUCAUUGGAUGGCUACUCACAACUUGCACAUCCAUUGUUGCUGCUGCCAAUGCAAAGUUAGCCUUGUUUUAUGAUUGGUUGUUUUUUGAACCAGAUAAGGAUAACAUUAUGAAUAUAGAACCAGCAAUUUUGGUAAUGAACAAUUCAAUGCGCUCUCAUCCUGCUGUCACCGCUGCACUAUUGGACUUCCUUUGCAGAAUAAUUCCAAAUUUUCAUCCAUCAUUGGUAGAAAAAGUGCGUACUGGAAUUUAUGCCUCUUUGCGUCAAAUUUUGGAGAAAAGAGUGUUGCCUUCUCUGUGUCCUCUUUUUGAUCACCCAAAAUUAGAUCAAGAAUUGCGAUCCAUGGUUCAUGAAACAUUUAAGGAGUUUUGUAUGCCACCGGUGGUUGAAGAGAAGAGUUUUGUAAAUCCGGGCAUUAAAGAAGAACCUGCAGAAAUUGUGAAUCUUGAUGGAACAGAGAACCAUAAUCGUGGUAUCACAGGCACCAACAAUCAUUUGGAUGAACCUGCAUUCAGUGACGAUGAAGAAGAUCAGACUGGCCUUGGUUCUGGAGGUCGCCAUGAAGAUGAGGAAGAUGAUGAUGACAUUCCAUUGGCAAAAGUACGUUUAAAAGAAAGACCUGGAAGAGGAGCUGCCAGAGAUUCAGGAUCUCCAGAUCUGAUUUCCCAACUCGAGGGUGAUAUCAGAAAAACAGUGGAGUCACUCCGUGCUGAAAACGACAAUGAAGCUAAGUGUCAAGCUGCAGAGCGGCUAGUUCAGUUAGUUAUUCAAGAAGAACCUUCUGGAGAAGCACUGAGUACAUUAGCAUCUUGUCUAUGUUCUGUUCUGCAAGAUGACUUGGAGGGAAAAAUAUUUCCUGCCGAAGUUACUGAUGAGGCUGUAGAGGACAGUAUUGGUCGACCUCUGUUCGUACUGCUCCGAGGUGCAGCCCAGAUGCCUGAAGAUGACUCUCGUAGGUUGCCUCUUUUGGCUCUGCUGGCAGAGAUGGCUGGUCAUAUGCCACGAUUGGGAUACUUACUUUUGUACUUCCUUAAAGCAUGCAAAUUAAGUGAAGUCAAGGCAUCCGUUUACAAAGAUUUCUGCCAAGCACUUGACAGGGAUUUGGAAGCAAGUCUCUUGGCUGAUUUGAAGUUGUGCCAGGAAGAGGAUGUUCCCUUGCUGUGUUGGUUGGUGCCUGAGGUGUACGCCCAAUUCCCAGAUGUGGCAGUGGACCAUGUAGGCCUUCUGCACCUUGUAGUGGCUGCUGUGGAUGCUGCUCAACUGCAAGACUUGGUGUGUCGAAUAAUGCAAGGGCAACUGAUGAUGUUCCGUCAUCCAGACUCGUUUCGUGCUCUCCUUUCUGCUUCACUAGCUUGGGAAACCUUUGAACAGUUUUGCUUGUGGCAGCUGGUCACGGCACAUGGCAUCCCAGUGGACUAUAUUUUGCCUAUUCUCCCACGCCUUGAAUAUGCUGCACAUGCUGAAGCUCUGACUGCCAUUCUUCUGAUGCUCAAGCAAGAGAGACCAACAGCUGAGCUUCUUCGCCAUCUACUCUCAAGGGAGGUGAGACCUCCAAGUGAUGUGUUUGUUGUGUCUACUCUCAAAUACUGGUGUCGGGAACAUGAGGAACGUCUUGGCGAAUUAGUAGCUGGACUUUUAGCGAGUCGAUGUGGGGGCAAUCCAGCAACCCAUACGUCACCAGGCAAAAGAGGCAAGCGAGGUGGUGGAGGUGGGGGUGGAAACGCUGGCGGCCGUGGUGGGGCAGCUCAAGCAGCAGCUGCUGCAGCCGCUGCUGCUGCAGGCCCUCCAACUACAGAACAGGUACUAGGCCAUCUUGACCAGCUACGGCAAUGCAGUGGUUGUCUGUAUGGCCUGGACACUGUACAACGUGCUCUACAGCAAGCACAAACUGCAUGCAAUGAUGCACAGCGUAAACGCUUUUCUGAUCUCUUUGCUCUUGCGGAAGCUGAUGACUUGGAGACACCACCUCCUCCUCCUGCGCCUACGACAGGCACUAAAGGUCGGCCUUCAGGUGGAGGGCGAGGGCGCAAAGCUGCUAACAAAGCAGCUCCAACAAAACGUGCAGCACCAAAGGAAGUGUCAGAGAGUUCAGAAGAGAGCAGUGAGGUAAAUAAAUGA